GUCGUGGCCUUCUUAGUGAGACGUCAUCAACAGGCUUUCUUCUUUAGUGGUCUGGAUCGGCUGGAGUUCGGAAACAGAGACAGUUCAACUAGAUUCAUUUUUCUUGACUCCUGCAGCAUCUAAAACUAAACAAAAUGCCUGGGCCUGCAGCUAGUGCAACAAACGUUGGUGCCUCCAGCCGUUCCCCCAGUAAGACAGUGGCCCCUCGCGCUGCUGGUACCUCAGCCAGACAGAGGAAAGCUCCCAGCAGUAGUGCACGCAGUGCAGGAAGGGCCACAUCAGCUGGAACAGGAGGAAUGUGGCGCUUUUACACUGAAGACUCACCAGGACUUAAAGUCGGCCCAGUACCAGUUUUGGUGAUGAGUCUGCUUUUUAUCGCAUCUGUAUUCAUGCUGCACAUAUGGGGGAAGUACACCCGCUCCUAAGCCUGAAUGACCUCUGAACUCUGACCCUGAAAUCUGUCACAGAAUCUUAUGCCAUUGGACUUGGACCAAACUCUGACCAUCAACACCCCAAUGCCCUUCACUUUAUUAUAACCUCCGUUUCAAGGGGUGUUCACCCACAUUAGAGUUUACCCAGUCACUACAACCAUUUAGUCAUUAUAAAACUGAAUCAGUUUUUCUGUUUUCCUUCACCAGAUCAGGACAUCUUUUUGUUUUUUUUUAAACCUUUGUACAAAACUAAAAAUGUAAAAUUGUACAAUAAAACAAUAUAAAACA